CGCAAGUCCCAAGUCUUGUCCGCAUGUCUACGUGCACCGGCGCGGAUCCGACAUCUUAAUUUGGCAAUUCCGCCCUAAAGCUACCCCGCCAACGUCACUAAUGAGGGCAGCUUCAAAACUCCCGUUGCGCCGUCCAUUGACGCAGUAUACAGCACCACCACGCUUCCACCACCACAGCUUCCUCUCCUACCAUACCCGACGAACCAUCAUGUCUUUCGAAACCACAGGCACCAUUGCCUCCUUCGGGGGCAAGCUGCUCCAGCUCAAGCACAAGUCGUCGAGCACCAACACAGACAUGGCUCUGAAUGUCUACCUGCCGCCUCAGGCACUGAAGUCCGGCGCAAAGGUCCCAGUGUUGUUCUAUUUGUCUGGUCUCACUUGCACAGCGGCCAACUGCUCGGAGAAGGGCUUCUUCCAGCACGGUGCCAGCAAGCACGGCAUCGCCAUCGUAUACCCAGAUACAUCACCAAGGGGUCUGAACAUCGAAGGCGAGGACGAGUCCUACGACUUCGGGUCUGGUGCCGGAUUCUACAUCGACGCAACCAAGGAGCCAUGGACCAAGGGCUACAACAUGUACUCAUACAUCACAAAGGAGCUUCCUGAGGCUCUCUUCUCACAAUUCAAGGAGCUCGAUUCGAGCAAGGUCAGCAUCACUGGUCACAGUAUGGGCGGACACGGUGCCUUGACUUUGUUCCUCAAGAACCCUGGAAUGUACAAGUCUGUCUCCGCAUUCGCACCCAUCGCCAACCCCAUCAACGCACCUUGGGGGCAGAAGGCCUUCAAGGGGUACAUUGGCGACGACCAGGAAGAGUGGAAAAAGCACGAUGCUACAGAGCUUGUUAAGCAAUGGAAGGGGCCACUUGAGAUCCUCAUUGAUGUUGGCACCGGCGACAACUUCUACAAGCAGAAGCAGCUGCUACCAGAGAACUUUAUCGAGGCAGCCAAGCAGGCGGGUAACGACAAGGGCAUCCAGCUCCGCCUCCAGCCCGACUACGACCACAGCUACUUCUUCAUGGCCUCUUUUGCGGAUGACCAUGUCGAUUGGGCGGCUAAGCACCUGAACGCCGAUUCGAGCGGUAGACACAAGUUGUAGGACGCACACUCGGAUAAAAAGAAGGAAAUGCAUGCUUAAAUAUACUGUAUAUAUUCAGCACUAAUGAAAUUGCUGAAAAUCUUCUUCGUCACUAUGUAUGAAUGGGCGCGCAAUAUUAGAGUGACAUCCGG